GAAAGAGCAAAAAAAAAAAAAAAAAAAAAACAACAACACACACACACACAAGAGAAAAAGUACUUGCAAACUCUCAGAGCCCUGCGGAUAAAACACAUCGAUUUAAAACUACUUCUGAGCUGGAGUUUUUUGUCGCUCGCUUCUCCAUUUUUUCCCUUCUUCUCCUUGUUUCAAGAAAAGUGCAAAGUUUACACUCCGGCGGUGACUGAUUGAAGUUUUCGCCUGUUUUAAUGCCUCGUGCUCUUGCGCAAAACAUGGGAUUUACGUCUUAGCGCUGCUUUUAAUGACUGUGCGUCCCGGUUGGAAACUUUCUCAAUGGAUUUUACCGACGGCUUUGCAGACUUGAGUUGCUGAUGUAGGGAAUAAACUCUCUGUCAAACUGGAUUUAUUUCACCUAAACGGGGGCUAAAGUGUCGACAGCACGGACUUCAGAUGUGUCCCAUGCCAACCAGAGUGGCCCUUCAGUCCCGAGAUGGAUUCCAGAAGUCAGAACGACAGCGACGGGGGAGGAGGACACCACGGGUGGUCACCGUCAUCGACCGGCUCGCCGGACACGCCGCAUGACGAAGGGAGACCGCAACCACGGCCUCCGCAAACUCACGAUGGUCCGCCAGAUUCUGGGUUGAACAGCGGGCAGCCGCCCCAGACUCCAGCAGUGCUAUCUCUGGAUCAGAUCAGGAUAAGUGGGAGCAGUAAUGAGUAUACAGAAGGGCCCACAGUUGCCCAAAGGUCUCCGGCCUCUGAGCAUAGGCAACAGAAGAGUAACUUGGUUGCGUCACCAGGUUCAAGGACCAGUGUGCAGCAGGAGACCAGGGAAGACAGGCCUAAUAAUCUCCACAACCUGCAUUCAUUGACUCAGUAUGGAAACACAAAUACUUCCAUCUCUUCCAGGGAGGGCAUGCUGCGGUCCUCCAGUGCAGAGGACUCCCAGAGUAGCAUCAGGACCAGCGUGGGGAGCACUUCUUCAGGCCAGAGGCUCCUCAGCAGCCUGGCAGGCAGCAACCAGAUAAUCAGAACCCAGCCGAAACGUGCCAAGCUAAAUUCAGAAGAGCUGAAGCCCCUGAACAAUGAGUCCAGGGAGGUGGUGGCCGUGCCAGGCAGCGGAAGCUCUAAAAAUCCAGGUAUACACUCCAACAAGUGUGCGGACUGUGGUCGGUGCUGUUGCUCAGAGUGUAGUCGCCCGCGGGCGCUUCCUUCCUGCUGGAUGUGCGGCCGCCGGUGCGUGUGCUCGGCGCAGAGCGCCGUGGAGUACGGGACGUGCGUCUGCUGCGUCAAGGGGCUUUUCUACCACUGCUCCAGCGACGACGAGGACACGUGCACCGACAAGCCCUUUUCGUGCACGCAGUCGCACUGCUGCGCCCGCUGGGCCACCGUGUCGCUCCUCUCCCUGCUCUUCCCCUGUCUCCUGUGCUACCUCCCGGCUAAAGGAUGUGUCGCCGUGUGCCAGUGCUGCUAUGACCGAGUCAAACGACCCGGCUGUCGGUGCAAGAACACAAACCCAAUCCGCUGUGAGGAUGUUGGCAAGCCGACGUAGACAAGACUGCCGUGUGUGUUCAAAAUGCAGAAGGAUGGAAAGACUGAACUGAUGUUUUGGCCCUCUUGUUCUGUAGUUGAAAGGUUUGUUUAGAGAGCUCAUGAUGCUGUUGAGUUUUUGUGUUUUCCAUCUUCAUGCCUAUCAGAUCUGGGCAGAGACGUAGUCAAAUUUUGCCUUGAAUUGUCAACUUUUAAGGUUGAUAAUGGCACUGCAGGUGCAUUCACUCACCCUAGCAUUAUGGGUUUCACUUGAAAGGCAAACCAAAAUAAGCACUCCACAUGUUAAAAGGUAUGAAGACAUAGUCAACUACUGUUUUGUCCUAAAAGAUAAUUUCUUCACUCAAGUGCCCAGAUACCGCGUUGUUAUCCAGAUGGAUAGCCUUUUUUUUAACAUUUAAUACAACUUAUAUGCUAAGAACAGACUCCUAUUACUAACUGUAUGUAAAGUAGUCAAUGCAAAGGGUAUGUACAUUAGAAAAUGAGUUUGACAGAUGUUUUAUUUUUGUACAUAUAAUAAUACUUCAACUGUGAAAAGUUUUCUGCCGUACCAGAGGCACCUCGAUAAAUCCACAUUUAUAUGAAUCAGUCAACUUCAUUCAUACGAUGUUUGUACAUUCACUGGAAUGUAUAUCAAUCAUUUUAUGUAAUUUACAAAGGAAAAGUCUUAUCCCUUCUACUUGUAAAUUGUACAGUGACCUUAUAUGAAAAAUGUAUUUUCUAAUUCCAACAUUGCUUAGUGUAAAGUUAAAAAAUAUAUAUUUAUUUGAAGGUUUAUUAUUUUAUAAUGAAAAAUAUUUAUUUUGAGAAAGCAUUGUUAAUGUGUCACCUCUUAUGGGGCUAUUCUGUAGUUUUGAGGUGAUGUGUAGGAGUGUCAAAGCUGGAUGAAUAGUUCACUAUGAAUUAGAAGACAAAUAUAUUAACGUUUGAAAUUAAACAACCUUGAAGUCUGA